AUGUCUCAGCUCAUAAACCGACUUUUGAAGCCAUCUGUCUGCAAAAAUGUCAUCAGAUCUCACAGCAAGCAGGUUCGGAUGUUCUCCUCUAAGCCGACAUACCCGUACUUGUUGAUUGACCACCUCCUUAAGACGACGGAACACUGUUCCAAUGAUCAAGUAUACUACGAUGAUAAAUAUUACGAAAAGAAUCUCGUGAUUAAGGACCAGGGACUCGCAGAGGAGGUCCGAGAGGUGAUGACCGUUGGAUUUUCACAUAAAGAUGAUUGGAGAGUUCACUUGGAGAAAUCUGAGGAUAGUUCCACAAGUCUCAUGAUGGUGAGUAACACAUCGUUUGUCCCAGUGAAACAUCAGCUCCCUCCUCUGUCUAGUAAUUGUCGAAUCCAGAAUGUGGCAAUAUCAAACUCUGUUGACAUAAAGAAGGAAGACUUGGUUGUGGCUGUCAAGUUCUUUGGAUCUGAUGUGAGUCUGUGCAAGCCCUUCAGCGACUCUAGCUCUGAAUGGAUCAACAUCAAUACCUCUGGCUCUGUACACCCUUUCUCGAGUCUAACGUAUUCGAAGAAGAAUAAAAAAUUUCUCAGUGUUAGUCCUUCUGGGACGUAUCUUUGGUACUUGGAUCUUCACUUCGAUGAGGAUGAUGUCGAGCCCUACUCAUCAUAUUUAUAUUUUAGGGAGGACCCUCUCCUGAGGUUGUAUAAGAUGGAUUUGGAAGAUUACAUCUGGCGUUUCAGAACAGACCACCUGGCGGAGUUACCCUCCGGUGAACAUUUCCUCGUCAAGUGGUUCUUUAAGGACGUGAUGAUGAACGUGGGGAAAAUCACCCAGAAAACGGAUGGGUUUAAGGUGUUUAGAGUGGAUACAAUUUGCGGUCACUUGACUAACACGCAAGACAUUGGAGAUCUUUGUAUCUUUCUUGGACAUGGUGAAGCAUACUGUGUCCCGGCAAGCUCGUCUCCUGGACUCAGACCUAACUCCAUCUAUUAUGUGGGCUGUAACUUUGGUGUUCACGAUAUUGCAACCGACACUACCACUAACUUCUACACACACAGUAAUGUUCCUUUAAGGUCCACUGAGUUCCCUUACUGGCCUCUUCCUCUCUCUUAG